ACACAUAUACAUGGCAGCGCGAACACCUACGUGUAGUAUCCACUCGACUACAUAUGCGCUACUAUUCUUCCCGCGUUUUGGCUAUGUGUGUGUGGACCUGGCAAGGUUUUUCUCCAUCUCGCGUCGAGACCCUCCAAGAGGAGCCGAGCUUUUUUGGACGGCAGUCGACCAGCAUCGGCCGACCGAGUUGUCACAUAUCCGGUCCCGCCACCAUUAAACAAGCGCACCUGUCGCGACUUUAAAAGUGAUUUGGUUUCGAUUCGUUUGCGGAACAAUUUAAAGUGGAAUUCGUUUCGAAAUUUUCAAAUUUUUGAAAUUUUCAAAGUGCGCGCCUUUUUUUUUAAUUUGGUUGAUUUCGACUUCACGGCCGGACGGCGACAGCAACACCAAGGACUUUUUAUUUGUCGACUAGAAAAAAGAAGAGAAGAGAAAAAAAUGACAAAAUUUCUUGGCUUCUCGUAAUAAUUUCAAGGUGUUUUUUGAGAGUCCGUGACGCGACCGGUCACCUCAAGUCGUGUGAUCUUUUUGGCAGCAUCGCCACGCCACGGACCUGAUUGGAAUUCUACGGACGUCCAAAACACCGAAAACCCAGCCGAGAAAAAAAGGAAAAAAAAAUUAGAAAAUUGGAAGAACUAAGGUUAGGGCCCGGCGCCGUGGAUAGAGCUCUCUGGUGGUGGCCCCCCCUUCAGUUGACAUCAACUGACACUCCUGGACACACUACCGGUUCUAGAGACCGUCAUUUUUUUAAAUUGUGACCCAAUCCCGAAUAAUUUUAUUUUUUUCAUCGUCUUCUUUCAUUUCGGUGGUUUCUGCUGAUUGUGCAGUCGCACACAGUCAUUAAACUUGUGCCAAGUGACAGAUAGAAGCCGUUCAAGUUGUCGAGAGAGAGAGAGAAAACCUACGUCAUCCGUGCAGGCGAAUGACGUCGUGAUGGCGGUGUCGGAUGAGGAAGACGAGACAGCCGCUCCCGUUUGUGGUGGUGACCUGAUGACAAUCUGUCGUUACAGCAACUCCUGCUGGAUUCAGUUAUUUCUUCAAAACUAAAUCAGUGAUUCUAUUAGCCCCCCGGAAAAUUCGAGAGAAAAGAAAAAAACAAAAUUGAACGACGACCUUUGAUUGUCAUUGACAUAUGUCGUCGUCUUCGUGAAAAAAACAAAAACAGCCGCUUGAAUCGCAUCGCCAUCUUUGAUUUUCUUAUUUUUAUUUUGAUUGUGCCGAACAAUUUUGGCUGCGGGAAGUACAGCCGAGCGACGCCGCCCCCGUUUGUUCUUUGUUCUUUUGUGAUUGCGGGCAUAGACGGAAUAACAAAAAUCCGGAUUGAGCGGUGGUGGGGUACAUAAGAAAAACAGGAUCUUCUAACCCUCCUGCUGCCAUCACCACCACCCGGUCUGGCCAGAAGAAGAAGAAGAAUCUGAGAAUUGUUGUGUGUUGUGUUGUGCGUGUGUUGAUCCGCGUGUCUCGUUGCGCCCGACACGGAGAUCAUCGCUACGAAACGAUGCCCACUUCUGUGGGCGGUGGUCACGGAUUGGUUAUAUCGCGCCGGGUGCUACUGAUAGUCGGACUGACCGUCUCCAUUGUCCUGGUCGUCUGCGCCUUCACCCUCCUCCUCGUUCUCCAAGAUGGACCUUGCGGGAGCGGGAGUUUCCAGUGCGGCAACUCGUCCGUCUGCAUCCCUCAACAGAGUUACUGCGAUAACGAUCCCGAUUGUCCCAACGGAGAAGACGAGGAGUACGACAAAUGCGUGGACUUUCAUGGCAGCACAUUUCUGGCGCCCGAUUGGUACAAUGUACUGAACAAGACUCAGCAACAAGCCGGGCUUCCCGACGUCUUGGCCGGCCAGCAGGAGACCAACCACACCUGUCUGUUGAGAAACUUUCCGGCCAAAUGCAUCUGCGAGCAGACGAAUCUAUUUUGUAAGCACAUGGGACUCGCCAAUAUUCCGGAGCAGAUCACACCGCCCAACACACUCAGUCGGCUGAUUUUGGCCAACAACAGCAUCAAAACUAUACCCCGCUUCGCGUUCAGCCGCUACACCGUUCUGGAGAUCAUACAUUUGGAACAGAACAGCAUCCGGACGAUUGCCAAUGACGUUUUCCGCCACCAAAAACUUCUUCGAUUCCUGUAUUUGUCCAAGAAUUCCAUUAGCGGGAUCGAACCCAAUGGAUUCAAAGGACUGGGGAACGUCACGCGAUUGUUUCUAGACAAUAACGAGAUCAACGACACUUCCCUAGAUGCUCUCAACAGUCUACCGAAUCUCCAAUGGCUGGACUUGUCUAGCAAUUACUUGCGACUCAGCAAUCACAGCUUCUCGUCCUGGAUACACCUGAGAGAAUUAAUGUUGGAGCAUAAUGAAAUCCAGUAUAUUGAAGAGAUGACAUUCCGAAAUCUCAGCUCUCUUACUUAUUUAUCAUUGCGAGAAAACAAACUGACUCGACUGCACCCGAAAUCGUUCUGGACACUCACCCAGCUGCAGGAAUUGGAUCUGUCCCAUAAUUUACUCACAACUAUUCCACCACGGCUCUUCGCUCAGAACAGCCAAUUAACAUCAUUGUCCCUGGGCUUCAACAAUAUUCUGCAACUUCCCGCCGAAGUUUUCCUACCGUUGAAAAACAUCAAAUCCUUAAACUUGGAGGAUAUUGAUAUCCAGAACAUCGACGUCGACAUGUUUAGCAGUUUAACCAAUUUGGAUUUCGUGUACUUUAUUCGCUUCCAGUAUUGCAGUUACGUCCCGACCGUUCCCAAAUGCCGGCCCAACACUGACGGAUUAUCUUCGACGGAGAAUUUGUUGAAUCGAACGCUGAUCCGGAUUAUUCUGUGGGCCAUCGCCAUUUUCACUCUGAUAGGCAAUUCGCUCGUGUUGCUAGGGCGGGGCAUACUCAAAGAUGAGAAUAAAGUGCCACUCAACUUCAUCCGGAGCUUGGCAGUGGCCGACAUGUUGAUGGGCUUCUACCUAUUCGCCAUAGCUAUUCAGGACUUGCAGUACCGCGAAGUCUAUCGCCAGUACUCGCAUCAGUGGACUUCAUCGCUGGGCUGCACUUUCGUCGGGGUCGUGGCCAUGACCUCAACCGAGGUUUCUCUGUUGCUUUUAGCGUUCAUGUCAAUGGAGCGCUUCCUAUGUAUAGCUUCGCCGUUUGGCUACACGAAACUCAACCAGAAGACAGCCAAAAUUAGCCUAGUCCUCAUAUGGGGGCUCGGGUUGAUUAUGGCCAUCGUUCCGGUGCUGUACUGGCGGCAGUCGACGCACUACUACGGCUCCAACGGACUUUGCUUCCCGUUGCACAUCGGAGAGUCGCUCUCACUCGGCUGGCAGUAUUCGGCUUUCAUCUUCUUGGGCGUUAAUAGUUUAUGCGUUCUGGUGGUGAUUUGCACCUAUGUCGGCUUGUUUGUGAGCAUCCGACGGACCCGCGGCCAAACGCCCCUAGCCAAUCCUAAUGAUAUGGAUUUCGUUCUGCGCUUUUUCUUCAUCGUUCUCACUAACAUUAUGUGCUGGGCACCCGUCUACGUUCUCAGACUUCUCGUCCUUCUCAAGUAUCCGGUUCCAGAUGAAGUUUCUAUUUGGGUGGUUGUGUUCGUUGUGCCGAUCAACGCCGCCAUCGAUCCGAUUCUUUACACCUUCACAACGCCGAAAUUCCGGCGUCUACUCGCCCAGUUGUUUGCGGCCACGGGAGCCGGGAGCGCCAACAACAGCCGCCGUUUCAAUUCGACGUCCAUCAAGUUAAAGGCCGAUCAGAGCUACUUGCAGCCGAUGUUGUCGCCUCAUCACCGACGGAUGAGCUGGGAUCAACACCUCCAUCUCACCCGCCGAAUUUCCAGGGACACCAGUCACGUCACCACUGUCGUCGCUGCAGAUCCAGUGGCCCUGAUGGACGGCAUUCACGAUCCGUCGGUUUUAAUUGAAAUGGUCAGCCUCCAGUCGCCCAUGGCCGGCCGGAGAAAUUCCUUGUAACUAUCAAUUCCACGACAGCACUUGUUUAUAAUUAAUGUACAUGUUUCGUCAUCACUAAUUCAAAUCUGUUCUAAAUUUCAUUGUGAGACCAUUAAUGUCGUCGAAAUUCAGUGUUGAAUCUCUCUUUCGCCGUUUCCAAGUAUUAUUAUCAACAAACAAAUCAUUCAUUAGGGGAAAUAUACAAAAGAAAACAACAACAACAACCAAAAUAAACUCUGCUAAUUCUCCACGUACCAUAUAUAUUUGUAUGACGAUCAAGUAUCUCUACAUGUUUUACUUUGA